AUGAAGUUCCUGGCAAUCUGCAUUUUCCUGAUCUUCGCCCUGGUGGCCGUGCAGGCAAAUCCCGGUGGCCACCACGGUGGUGGUCGUAGUGGCUACGGUCCUGGUGGUGGUGGUGGCUUCGGUCCUGGUGGUGGUGGUGCCUACGGUCCUGGUGGUGGUGGUGGUGGUGCCUCCGCCACUGCAAAUGCCAACGCCCAGGCCGACAGCCGUGGAGGCGGACCUUCAUCCGCAGUUGCAAACGCAAACGCCGUCGCCACCUCGCAGUAUUAGACGGCCAUCAAAAGGAUUGGAUCCUGGAAGGAAUCCCAGCCACACACGAGGAUAGGAUCCCGGAAGGAAUAACAACUGGACUCUCGAAACCGCCUUGAAAAGUGGGCACGUCUACCGACAGGCCUCCCAACUCAAAGCGAAUCAAUAAAUGCUCAAUAUUCGGAAA